AUGAAGAGAAUAAACUUUGAGAUCAUCAUCCUUUUCCAAGCAGCAUUAUGCUUCGUCAUUGCAUCUUCCGUUGGCGAGGUACAGCAUCCAGCCCACGACGAGAAAUCAACUUCGAACCAUCAUCAUGAUCAUGACGACACCAAACAUGGAAUCGCUGAACACGACCCUCAGUCUUCCACCAAUGAUGACCAUGAGCUCCCUCCCUACUUGGGUGGUUACGAACACUACCGAUCGUUCAUUGAUCAACUUUCUCAAUACAACGUGGACGAGUACAUUGAUCUUCCAAUGAUUGCUGUCAUGGGGGAUACGAGCAGUGGCAAAUCGAGCCUACUGUCCAUGAUUUCUCAGGUGGAACUCCCGUCUAAAGCCACUCUCACGACACGGUGUCCAAUCAUGUUACAAAUGCGAAAGUCACAUCGCAAUUCCUACCGUCACGAUAGCAGUGGUACUACUAGUGACGACGAUGAUGAUGAUGAUAAUUAUCAAGCUACGGUCAAGGUCAUUUGGAAGGACCGACCAACCAACAAUGGUCGAUUUUGGAGAUCAGAAGAAGAUGGCUUUGCACCGCGGACAGUCAAUCGAUCUAAUUGGGGUGACUUGACUCAACUGAUUGCCGAUGCACAAACAUUCAUAUUGGCGAAACAAGAAAAGGAUGUCGCGCGAGAUGUGAUUCAGGUCGAAAUGAAAUGCCCGCAUUGUGAGGAUCUGACCUUGAUUGAUUUGCCCGGAAUGGUCCGAUCUCAUGGCAAAGACGAAAGUGACACUUUGGGAGAGGAAAUUCAAGCACUAUUGAAUGACUACCUUCACAAUUCGCGCUGCGUCAUUUUGGCCGUCCUGCCUGCCAAUGUCGACUUUCACAAUUCUCAAAUCUUGGCCGAAGCACAAAAGGUCGACCACGAAACCAAACGAACCAUUCCAGUUUUGACCAAACCAGACCUGAUCGACUACGGAGCAGAAGGAAAUGUAAAGGAAUUGUUGCUGGGCGAAAAGACGCAAAAGUUUGAAAUGGGAUUUCACAUGGUCAAGGGACGUGGCCAAGAUGCACUGAACCGAAAUGUCACCAUCACGGAAGCUCUGCAUCAAGAAGAGACAUUCUUUCGUCUGACAGAACCUUGGAGUAAGGUUGACGAUAAUACCUUGUUUGGGACCCAAAACUUGCGCACCAAGCUGGGAGAAUUGCAGAUGCGCCUGAUUCGAUCUUCCUUUGAAUCCAUCAUUGCUGAAAUCAAGGCCGAACGAGAAGCUGCAUUGCAAGCACGGGCACGACUGGGGGUAGUGCCAACGGAUCUGGGACAAAAGAUUGUCUUGUUUCGGACCAUUAAGGACGACUAUUAUCACAACAUUGGUCCCUUGAUGCUGGGUGGAGGUGGUGGAAACAAUAAGAGGAAUAGUGGCAGCACAGAUCUUUCAACGCAACGAAAGCCAUCUGCUGAUUUCUUGCUUGCGUCCAAAGAUUUCAUGGUCGAGCUGGAUGGAAGCCGACUAUCCACGAUUGCAGACAUUAGUAUUGGGACGACAGUCGUUGCUUUGGUGAAUGGGCAAGAAAUCAAGGAUCGGGUCUGUAAUAUCCGGGGAGAUCAAGUAUUUCUGGAACGAAUGAUAUCUUCUUCCCGCAACACGUACAUACCCAUGCUGGACCCAACUUCCAGUCUCAGUGGUAGCUUUCGAGGAACCUGUGAUGAUGAAAACACCCUGCUGAGGUACAAAUCCAUUCACAAGAACUUGGUCCGUCGGGAUUCUACUUGGAUUCAAAAGAUUAUUGAAGACCGCCGUCCAUACAAGCUUCCCGUCUUUGCCAGCACUGAUGCCUUUGAAGAAAUUGUGUUUCGACUUUUGGAAGAAGAUUGGCGUCCCCCAACUAUGGAUCUGCUGGAAAAGACCUCGAAACUCAUGAAGAAGACGGCGAACGAGUACGUGGCUAGCAUCACUGCGAUUGAAUCGUUAUCCGAGUUCCGCGGGUACUUGCAAUUGAUAUCUAUCGAAACAGUGGAUAAGCUGACCGAAGAGGCCAAGGUCAAGAUUGACGACUUUAUCAAGCGAGAGCAAACUCCCUACACUCAAGACGAGGAUUUGAUCCGGAAUCUGAACAAACUUCGAACCAAGAGGCUGAAGGACGAAAUUGUGACCAUGAUGGAUGUCGAUAUGGUAAUGUCUUUAUGGGAAGAUAGCGAUUCCUCCGAACGGAUCGCUAGGAGGCUUCAUGAAAUGGUAACAGAUGUCUUUGAUCGCAACAAUGCACGAGAAUUGGACGAUCAUAUGGCCGAAGAGAUGCAACAUAUUCUCAAUGCCUAUGGAAAGAUUGCCCGAAAGCGAUUAAUUGACGGAAUUCCCAUGAUUUGCGUCGAGAUCAUGCAAGAAUUUCCCCAGCGAAUCAACCAAGCACUUUCACAAGUGUCGGACGAUGUCAUUGAUGCCAUUAUUGUUCCUCAGCCCGAAAAGAUUCGGGCCAUGGUCGAGUACGAUCGGAAAAUUGAUGCCUUCAGCAAUGGAAUUGCCGCUAUUCGAACAAUGUAUUAG